GUUGAGCAGGAGCGUGACCAUGGAUGUUUCUCUGAGCAUCCCUGCUGCCCGCGGCGUCGGCGGCGACGGCACCGACAGGAGGGCGCCUCGAAACUCGCCUUCCUUCAAGAUCGUGCCGCUGCAUGACGAGAUGGCCAAGCCAUCGCCGGGCGGCCGCGGCCACGAGAGGGCGGCGGUGCUCCUCGCGAAGAAGGUGCUGGCGGAGCUGCUGGGGACGUUCCUGCUCCUCUUCAUCCUGCUGUCGGCGCUGAUCCUGAACGCGACCCACGACGGCGCCCUGGGCCUGCUGGGCGUGGCGGCGACGGCGGGGCUGGCCGUGACUUUGCUCGUGGCGUCGCUGGUCCACAUCUCCGGGGCCCACCUGAACCCGGCGAUAAGCGUCUCCAUGGCCGUGUACGGCUACCUCCCGCGCGCCCACCUCGUGCCCUACAUGGCCGCGCAGUUCCUAGGCGCCAUCGCCGCCUCCUUCGUGGCCAAGGCGGUCUACCACCCGGCGAACCCCGGCGCCAUUGUGGCCACCGUGCCCACGCUCGGCACCGCCGAGACAUUCUUGAUCGAGUUCCUCACCACCUUUGUCCUCCUCUUCGUAAUCGUCGCCCAUGCCACCGAUCCCAAGGCGGUGAAGGAGCUGAUAGCAGUGGCAGCCGGGGCAGCAAUCAUGAUGAACGCCCUUAUCUCUGCGGAGUCAACGGGAGCGUCCAUGAAUCCGGCGAGGACGCUGGGGACGGCCAUCGCCACCGGGACCUACACCAAGAUCUGGGUCUACAUGGUGGCGCCGCCGCUCGGAGCCAUUGCCGGGACCGGGGCUUACAUUGCGCUCAAGCACUGA